AUGUCGUUCGAUGAAUCCUUCCUCAGCCCAAGGGAUCUACUCACCAACAGCAAAACCUUCUGCUGUGACGGCCCGAGUUUCUUCAAGCUCCAACAGGCAACCCAGGCAACACAGAAUUUACCCUAUAAUGAUUCUGGGCUUGACUAUAGAGUGCCAUUCACAGAGCAGGGAAGGCAAGAGCUGUAUGUAGACCUGCUAAUUCCGGUCAUGGAACACUUUUACACAAUUACCAGCCAGUCUAUGAAUCUUGAGGGCGGAUAUCGUUCUGUGGGGGAUAUCUGUGACUACAUUCUCAAACUUUCGGCUACAGCAAAAGAGGAUUAUGAUGAGAUAUUCAAUGACCUCGGAAGGCUUUACGACGAUGAAUCAGACAACGAGAGUCUGCGUGCAGAGGUUCAGGCAAAGAUCAAAGACCGAUUGGACAAAGUAAAUGGCCUGUCUAAACAGUGCACGAGCACAACCGACAACCUUGUGGCAGCUAUCGGAAACGUAACCGAGGGACAAAAGCUGGUCAAACAAGUCGGUGAGGAACUAGGGCGACAAGACACUAUCGACCGACUCCGCAAGUGUCACGAAGGUGACAUAAAUGGACAGGAGGGUUUCGAAAGUGACUGCAGAGCACUGGAUAUCCUGAAUGGAAUCAUCGCAAACCAGAACAUGCAAAAUGACUCAAGUGCCUCGUUGGCAAACCUGCAGCUCGCUGUCGGUGCGGCAUACAAUAUAUUCAAUGAUCUCACUGCACUGACUGAGUACAUCACCGAGAACACCGAGCCGGGGCCUGGGCCUCUUCUCAACCUAAAAGAAAACGAACUACUGGAGAUGUGGAGUGAUCUGGCAGUAGAAGUCCAAAAGUUCAAGGAAUCAUAUCAGUGGCUGAGGUAUGGAGUUUAUGGGUCAGAUUGA